AUAAGUCAUGAAAUCGGUGGUCAAUUAGUAAAAUAUUCAGCACGUGAUGCAUGUCCAUUAGUACGUUGUAUGGUUGUCGAGGCAUUUCGUGGUUUAGUAAAACAAUUUGAAAUACAAUUAUGCGCUAUCGGUAUACAAUAUUUACAAGAAAUCUCUAUGAAACAAAUUCAUCAAUGCUCAUCAAAUCAACAAUAUUGUAAAAAAUUAUCUAUGUAUUCUAUUCCACCGACUACAUCGUCAUCCACGUCAGCCUCAGCGUCGUCGGGGUCGGCGUUCAAUGUCAAACGACCGAUACGUCAUAGUACAAUAAGUGUAGUCACACCACCAGGUGGAGCAAAUAACAACAACAACAGCAACAACAACACUGUAGUCACUGCAUAUUCAACUCGCCCAUCGGAAUCCACUUCAAAUCAUACAAAUUUACAUGGUAGUUGGUCUCUGAUUAAAUCAUCAAAUCGAGAAAUCGAUCAACAGCAACAACAUAAUUAUUCUUCUUAUUCUUAUUAUAAAACUCAGCCACAAGCUUCACCAGUUUUACGCAAAUCCGUUUUUAAUCCUGGUUCAGUAUUCUUUACUGGCAGUGGUAAUACACCUAGUACAAAUAUCUAUGUACAAUUUUGGUUGACAUUAAUUCAAUUAGCACAAGAUCCUUAUUUGGAAAUUUCUCGUUUGGCUACUAUUUUACUACAGUAUCUUUAUGGAAAAAUUCGUGAAAAGCCUGAAUUUCAAGCAAUCUAUUGUAAUUUAUCAAACAAUACUACUAACAACAGCAACAAUAAUAGUAGUAGUAGUAAUAGCAAUAGUCACGUUAAUAUUCAUGAGGAGACUACUUCCAUCUCACCGUCGAAUAAAACAUCAUUCACAUGUAAUCAUCUAUCGGGGGAUCAUCAGCAUACUGUCAACAAAUUGAAUUCCCCGCCGGAUCAGAAUAAUUCACAAACUACUACUACUACUACUAGUAGUAGUAGUAGUAUAAUAACAUCAAGUCGAUCAGAACAGUAA